CCUGUACUCUCAGAGAAUGAUCCUAUCUGCCACGUCACAGGCUGUCUAUAAAAGCCACGUGACGCCCCCUCCGGAGAAGUGGCCCCUAUUAUUGAGCCCACACAUGAUUAGUUCCAUAGAUGAUUAGUUUGGCCGGGGGGGGCAACUAAAUGUAGGGCCUGACACAUUACAAACCUGACGUAUAUUGGGCCCCCUCCUCCUCGAGUAUAUGCUGACCUGACCCCCCCUGGAUUCGUCGUUGAUCAGUUGAUUGACUUUGAUUAAUCGAUUUUGCUGCUGCGUUUCUUGUCGUCUGUGUGCGUUUUGUGUUCUAUCUCGACGGGAGAGGACCACACUGGUAGAGUGAUCGAGAGAGGGAGGAAAGGAGGGAGGGAGGGAGGGAGGGAGGGAGGGAGGGAGAGAAAAAGGCGGGCAAAAUGAAGACCACGAAGGGAGGGAAGGUGAUGAAUCCGACGGAUGCGUUUCGUAAGGAGCAGAGGAAGAAGGAGUUGAAGAGAAACAAGAAGGAGAGGAAGAAGGUGAGGGAGGUCGGGAUCUUGAAGAAGGAUCCCGAUGCGAUCCGAGAGCAGAUCGCCAAGCUGGAGAUGAUGAAGGCGGACGGGGCGUUGGACAAGACGAGGCGGCACAAGAAGCGGCAGCUGGAGGAUACCUUGAAUCUGGUCUUGAAGAAAAGGCGGGAGUAUGAGGAGAAGAUGCGGGACAAGGGGGAAGAACCAAUCAUGUUUAGCCAUUUGACAGCGCCCCGUCGCAAGACUGCGAAAGAGGACGAUGAAGAUGAUAAUCACAAGUCCUUGAGACCAGAAGAUUCUGUGUACUUUCACCCCACUCUGAAUCCGACAGGCGCCCCCCCCCCCGGGAAACCGCCCAUGUACAGGACACUGGCCUUGAGGAAUCUGGCGUCCAGUAUGAACAGGCAUCAUGGGUUAGCAUCGUCGUCAUCAUCGUCGUCGAUGGGACCGGAGGGAGGCAAGGAUGUGAAGGAUAUGAGCCCCCUACCGCUCCCUCCCCCUCCGCCUCCACCUCCUCUGCCCUCAUCAGCCACGAAGAGAGGUGUGGUGGCCGAAGUCAAGGCGUCAGCAGCAGGUGGGGGGGACUCAAGCGCAUCUGGAAUUGAAACCCCUUUGCCUCUACCGCUUCCGCCGCCCCCGCCUCCUCCCCCUCCUCCGCCUCGGCCUUCGAAUCCUUCAGCGAAGGGCACGAUGGAUCUUGGUAAUGCUGCCGGCGCAGGACUUCCUCCUCCUCCACCGCCGCCUCCUCCUCCUCCUCCUCCCCCUGGACUGGCAGUACCCCCGCUUCCCGUUCCCCCUCCCCCCCCGCCUCCUCUCAAUGCCCAAGCUGUUGCCGACAAGAAAGAUGUAUCUGUAGAAGACAGCAGUAGUCAAGGCGAAGGUGAAAGCAAUGCGGGGGGAAAGAAGGGCGAUGGAGCUGAUGCUGAAGUGCGAGCAGAGGGGAAGGCGGGAAAGGAGGAGGAUGAGGAAGAGGAGGAGGAGGAGGAGGAGGAGGAAGAAGAAGAGGAAUCAGACUCGGACGAGGAGAGCGAUGAUGAUGAAGAGGAAGAGGAAUCUAGUGAUGAAGAGGAGACAGACGUGGAUGGUCCCCCCGGGGUUGCCAUUGUGCCCAAGGCACCACCUCCAGGGAAAGCAGAUACUCAUCCGAGAACAGGAACAGGGAAGGAAAAAGGGGAAAAUGCGCCAGCAUCGUUGCCGCCGCCGCCACGGCAGCAGCAGCAGCAGCAGCAGCAGCAGGGGGCAUCCCCGCUGCCGCAGGGGGUAGGAGUUCCAGGGGUGGUAGGCAAAGCUGCUCCUCCAUCGAGCCCGCAAUCGGACGUGAGCACUCGGCCGCCUCCGCCGGCCGCUCGUCCUCCUCUACAAGCUGCGCGUCCUCCUCCUCCGCCGUCAGCGCGCCCCCCUCUGCCAUCAGGGCGUCCUCCUCCGCCUCCGCCGCCGUUCGCGCUGAGAGCGCCAGCUGGAGCACCAGUGGUGGGAGCUCCAGGUGCGGGAGGGCCUGAUGUUCCGCCGCCAGGGCUGUCGUUUCCGCCACCUGGAGCGGGUAGCACUGGUUCCGGUGGCCUUCCGCGACCACCCCCGCCACCGCCUCCCACGCCGCCCCCGGGGGCGGCGGCGGUAUUACGAUCGGUUGGUCCGCCGCUUGGCGGCUUGCGACCGCCGAUGAUGCCGCCACCUCCGCCUCCCCCGCGGGGGCUUCCGCCUCCCCCGCCGCCCCCUGGUAGACCAGUGCCUGCUGCUGCGCCAAUGCUGCGCGCCGCUCCGCCCCCGGGCCCCCCGCCGGAUCUGAUCGGCAUGCGCCCUCCGCCAGGCCCCCCCCCUCCAUCGCUCAGAGUCGGCCCUCCCCAGGACGCCUUUGCGAACCCCCCUCCCUCUGCUCCUGGCCACGUGGGGCCAUCACCGCCUUUGCCGUCGGGGCCCCCUCCCAGAGCUACACCGCCCCAUCGAACGGAAGGUUCUGCCAGCGAAGGGGGAGAAGAUGCGGCAGCCGGUGUAUCAGCUACGCCACCCGGAGGAGUGGCCGCUUCCCGAGUAGGGGGCGGCGGCGGCGCAAGCGGGCGCGCGGUCAUCAGCGCCCCUGCUUCUGUUUCCGCCCCCUCCGCCGCUUCCAAGCAUACGUACGUGAAGGCAGCCGCCACGACCGUUGUCAAGAGAAUACCCGCUCAUAACAGCGCGGAACUGAUGUCAAUGGUCCCAGCCUCAGUACGAGUCAGGCGGGAACCUGCGGCACCCAAGGCAAAGCCGAAACCUAUGGGGGUCUCCUCGGCUUCUUCAGCUUUCUCUUCUGCUGCUGCAACCGUUGGAUCUGCUGCGUCAUCAUUAGGAAUCGGGGGGGGAGGGAUGUCUGUGAACUCUGCGGCCACUGUUAAGCCUGCCAGCAUCGAUGACUCUUAUACCGCGUUCUGGGAGGAUAUGAAGCAGCUUGGGGCUUUUGAUGAUUAAUGAACACGUCGUGUUAGUAAUUAAGGACGAAGUAGGAAGUAGGAUCAACCUGUGACUCUGCCUUGAAGGAAGGUAGGGAUGGAAAAUGGGAGGGAGGGAGGUGUGAAAGGACGGUCAUUGUCUUUUGUUGUUUCAUAUUCAUGGUUUGUUCAUUGAAGAAGAGCUCUGUGGAGGAAGGGCUAACCUGCUGGCUGGCCGUGUUCUGGUCGACCUAAGCUGCUCCCUCCUCGGUUCCGCCCCUUACUUGCAUCAUCCUUUGCAAAAGACCGGA